AUGGGCGCAUAUCGCCAGACGAAGAGCGCCGACUUCCGAUCCGUCUUCGUGUAUGGCCGUCUUAACGGACCCCUCUUUACGAUAAGCUUCGCCGAAGUCUCGGGUGUUGCGGUAUCUUCCGGGUACAACUACACAUCGCACUCGCCGAGUGCGGCGGAUGUCGAGACCUUCCCAUUGCUUUCCCGCCAAGGUCCCGCGGAGGUCGGAGCAAACAGCAACCCCCUCGACAUGAUCAUUGGCAACUCUCCGUCUAGCUUCAGCUCAUGGCUGCAGGCCGAAGAAGGCAUGCUUAAGGCCAGUCUCAUCGGGCGCGCCACGGCACAGAUGCCGCCCGCCGCGAACAAGUCUCCCGUCACGUUUGUAUAUGCGGAGCUAGGCAUUGUGGCGUCGAUCGAUAGCACCUCGUUUGUAGUCAAAUCGCAGCUUAGCAGCAAUUCCUUCGUGCUUACGCCCUUGUGCCGGAUUCGGGGCGGUUUCGCGCUAGCGUUCUGGUCGUAUCGGACGGGCUCCGCGUCGGCGGCGAAGGCUACUUUGCCAUCACCCCCGAAGGCGGUCAUAGGCGGGGCAUAUAUGAUUGCCACCUUCAAUACAGGGCUGAUCUACGCCGACUUUGAAGCCUGGGUGUUAUUCCUGCUCAACCACAAGCCGCUGUUCUUUGUCACCGAGGUGGGGCUGAGCAUUACGGUCGGCGCCUGCAUUAAUAUGGGCUUUAUCUGCAUCGACAUCAACGGCACCGUUAAUGCGGAUCUGCCUAAGGCGUUGAUAUUUGACGAGUUCGCCGACGCCGUGGCCAAGCCGGCCCUGACGGGCGUAGAAGGGACCAAAGGCGCCGAUAAGGCCGCGCUGGUGGUCGUGGCUCUCUCCGCGGGCGCUAUAACGGAUACCUAG